AUGGAUAUGGAACCUGAGAAUGAUUGUGCUUGGAAGCCAAAACAGGGAAUGACCUUCGAUUCUGAACAAUGUGUGUAUGAUUUUUAUAAUACAUAUGGAGGAAGAAUGGGGUCUAGCAUAAGAAGGGAUUUUUGUAGGAAGAACAAAUUCACUAACCAACUUAUUUGUAGACUUUUGGUUUGCAACAAGGAGGGAUUUCGGAAGGGUGACAAACGAGACCCAUUGUCAAAAAACCCUAGAGCUGAAACUAGGACCGGUUGUGAGGCUCGACUUUAUGUCAAAUUAGAUGAGGAUACUGGGAAAUAUGUUGUGACUGAUUUCAAAGAAAAACACAACCAUGAUCUUGUAUCACCCGAGUGUGCCCACAUGUUGCCGUCUCAAAGAAAGAUAUCGACUACCCAAGCAAUUGAGUUAGAUUUGGCGGCACAAUCUGGUCUUCGUUUAGGCCAGUCUUUUGAACUCAUAGGUAGGGAAGCUGGUGGGAGGCAAUGUCUUGGGUUUACAAAAUUAAAUCAAAAAAAUUAUUUGAGAACCAAAAGACAACAAAGCUUAGCAUAUGGGGAAGUAGGCAAUGUGUUGCAAUACUUUAAAGAAAAAUCUUUGCAGAAUCACUCCUUCUUUUAUGCUUUCCAGUUAGAUAAUGAAGAGCAAAUAACGAAUAUGUUUUGGGCUGAUGCAUAA